AUGAUCAAGGUUAUCCAAAUUAACCUUAACCACUGCUGGACUGCACAGCAACUCCUAUCCCAAACAGUCAGGGACCGGAACAUUGACGUUCUGCUCAUCAGCGACUAUCUCCGGGGCUUCGACGGCGAUCCACGCUGGAUCAAUAGUGCUGACCACAAGUGCGGAGUGCUCGUCACCAGCCGUCGCGCACUGCCCAUCACAGACAUAGGAGCCGGUCCCGGCUUCGCCUGGGCUAGGAUUGGCAGCACCUAUUACUUCAGCUGCUACUGGACGCCGAACUGCACGCUGCUGGAAUUCGAUAACUUCCUAAACGGAGUCGAAGGGGCCAUUCGGGAUUCAGUAGACAACGACGACAACCUCAUCGUUGCUGGUGACUUCAACUCUCACUCGGCGGAAUGGGGCUCAGCCAGGGACGGCCCCAGGGGCACGAUGCUGUCUGGCCUAGCUGCAUCUCUGGGUCUGCUGCCAUGCAACGUGGGCUCCGUGCCAACCUACAGCCGUGUCAACGCGGAGUCAGUCAUCGACGUGACGUUUGCUCGCUUUCAACCGAAUGCAAGCCCCCCAGUAGCGAAUUGGUCCGUCCUCACGGAGCUCGACUCGGCAAGCGACCACUUCUACGUGGAGUUUACCGUGGCCAACUCAUCCGCGAUUCCAACUUCGGCGCCGGUCGUCCGCACCGCGGCAGCCAAAGCCUGGGCGAUCAAGAAACUCUUCCCUGAAGCCCUCGAGGAACACUGGAGACGAGCCAGGGAGGCCUCACUCCCACUACCACCAUCCACGUCCGCGGAGGAUCACGUGGCACACCUACAACAGUUCCUGGUCGACUCCUGCGACGCCGCGAUGCCACGCAGAACCUCAUUCCAGGGAAAAAGAGCGGUGCACUGGUGA